CGCUAAUCCCUUCUAAGUUCACACAAGGGAUCGGCGGCACGGCGGAGGCGGCGACGGCGGCGCCGAGGAGGUCUUCUGGAGCAAACCUUAGAACUCUUCUAUCGCCGCAGGGGUUUCAUCUUCUUCAUUAUAUGUUGUUGCAGAUGGCUUUGGUGUAUUACGAAUAUUAAGUUAACCAAUAGGCAGUACAAAUAUGGGAACUCAAAAUAUUUUAUGGAAUAUGACUAAGUACGUUUUUACUGGGAGCCUCAUUGGUGUCACUAUAUCUGAUCGUUAUGCAAGUGUAGUUUCUCUUAAAGGCGGCUCCAUGUCUCCAACAUUUAACCCUCACGGAGAUGGACUCUUGACUCGUGACCGUGUUCUAUUGGAGAAAUUAUGCCUCGAAAAGUACAAGUUUUCUCAAGGUGAUGUAGUGGUCUUCAGAUCUCCUUCUAAUCAUCAAGAGAAACACAUGAAGAGGAUAACAGCCUUACCUGGUGACUGGAUCAGUACACCUCAUUCAUAUGAUGCAGUGAUAAUACCAGAAGGCCAUUGCUGGGUUGAAGGUGACAAUGCAGCUUGGAGCUUUGACUCAAGAUCCUAUGGCCCUAUCCCAUUGGGUUUAAUUUGUGGAAGGGUCACACACAUUAUCUGGCCACCUCAGAGAAUUGGUGCCGUAGAAAGAAGUCUUCCUCAAAGCAUCCCGCCUUUGUAAAUGUAUUUUGACACCAAAUUUCUCGUUCUUCAAGUACACCAAUUUUCUUCCUUUCAUCCAGCUGCCCACACUCACUGAAGAACACCAAUUUUCUUCCUUUCAUCCAGCUGCCCACACUCACUUCCAUGGAAGAUGAAAACAACAAUCUGCAUCCUAAUAAUGUCAUAAUACCCUCUUCAUUUCCUUUAGCUAUACCCGAAUUCUUGAACAUCUAUUUGACACUGAAGUUUCUGUAUUGGAAUUUUUUGAUAGUAUUCUGUACUUUGUUGUAAGACAUGGCCCUGUUUGAUAACAUAGUUAGUUUUUCAGUCAAUUUUGACUUAUUUGACCA